GGCGGGGCAUGCUGUCGUGCCGUCAGUCACAGUCGCGCAACGAGCGCUAUAUCGCAAGGACGUCGGGUGGCGCCGGGCCAACCCGUCGUGUGCUAGUGUUGUGUCACAGCGGUGGGCCAGGUCGGUUUCGAGAUUUAUUCGUUCCGACAUCAUAAUGGCUCUCAACACGGAUGGUGAGCAGAAAUCGAAUCUGGUUCUUCGCGUGGACCAGGAUUCGGACUCGGUUCUACAGUCAUUGUUCGACACAGUGCUCAAGCCGGACUCUAAACGGCCGCUGCAGGUGCCUCUCCGUAUGCGACAGCUUCCAAAGUCGUUCUUUAACCCGCCGUCAACCGGUUCCAAGUCGCCAUCUGUGUCUCACUCGCGAGAAAACUCAGCGGACUCGGCAUUUGGAUCGUCGUCCGCAACUGGCGCCGCACCAGUGUCGCACUCACGAGCACAUUCAUCACCAGCCAGUUUACAACAAACUUAUGCUGCGGGUCAGCAAAAUCAGCAGGCCGCCCCGUUGCAUCAUCAACAUUCUAAACAAAGAUCGUAUGAUGUUGUUUCACAUAUUCCAGACGAUCUUGGACCUUUACCACCUGGUUGGGAACAAGCUCGAACACCAGAAGGACAGAUUUAUUAUCUCAAUCACAUAACAAAGACUACAACAUGGGACGAUCCCCGUAAAACUCUAGCGGCGCAGAAUGUUGCGUCGGCCGUACAACAGCAUCAGAGCUCAGAGGCCCUCAUCAACCAGAGCCCCGCGCAGCCCGCCAUCACUCCUGUCGCGACACCUGCAGCGAAGAGUACAAGUAGUAACACGACUACAGAGUCCAUACCGUUACCGGAAGGCUGGGAGCAGGCGACGACUUUGGAGGGAGAAACGUAUUUCAUCAAUCAUGCUACUCGCACGACGUCAUGGUUCGACCCAAGAAUACCACAGCACUUGCAGCGCACGCCAGCGGCGAACGCAGGCGUGGCGGGCGGCGGGUGGGCCAACGCAUCUUUGCAGGCUUCUCAACAAAAGCUGAGGUUGCAAUCGCUUCAGCUGGAAAGGGAGCGCUUAAAACAACGCCAGCAGGAAAUCAGACUGCAGCAAGAGCUUAUGUCUCGGCAAGUGACGUCCUUGUCAAAUAGUAUAGGCACUGUGACCAAUACAGAACUAUCAUUGGAUCCCUUCUUGUCGGGAUUGGCUGACCACCAACGACAAGAAUCAGCUGACAGCGGCCUGGGAAUGGCCGUGUCUCAGUCAUACUCAAUGCCUCACACGCCCGAAGAUUUUUUGGCCAGUAUGGAUGACCGAAUGGAUUGUAGUAGUGAGGCUGGCGCGAAUUUAGACUCUACUGACAUGACGCUUGGUGAUAACCUUGACACUACGGAGGAUUUGGUUCCAUCAUUGCAGUUGAGCGAGUUCACAAACGACAUAUUGUUGGAUGACGUGCAGUCUUUGAUAAACUCGACGCCGAGCAAGGCCGGCAACGUGCUGACCUGGCUGUAGGCGGCCGCUCGCUCGCUCGCUCGCUCUCGGGAGGUGGCGAGCAAGCGCGGCGCGAGUUAUGUGACGAAAUGUGCAUGCUCAAUGCUCACAAACUUUUAAAUUAGGUAUUAUUUUUAUUAGUGUACUUACCGCUUCAAAACGGCAUCAAUCUCUACACAGUGCCGGUGACGAAAUGGUAAAAUGGUGUAUAUUUCACUAUUAAAUUACAAUAACUAGUAUAAAUGUAUGCAUGAAAUAUAGAGGGUUUAAUGAUGGACUCGUGCAUUAAAACAGGAGGCGUAAUGACAUUAAGUUACCGCUUCUCUCUUUUCACUCGUCUAUUAGUCAGAAUUAGUUUUGUUAUCUUUGCAUUUAUUUAAAUAGGAUACAAAAUUAAAUCCUGACUAAAAGACGAAUCACCUUUAGAAUGAUUUAUGUAGUUUGAAUUGAGACCAUUAUUGAAAUAACAUUAUACAAAUUAUCAAAAUUUAAUUUGUACCUAUUAUUAUAAAAAUUAUUUACAAGUGAUUUAAAAUUAAACUGUGUCGUAAAAAGUAAAGUAGAAAUGUUGUUUGUCAGUGAAAACAAGAGGAGAACUGCUUGAGCCAUGACUGUCACGAAUGGCUAGUCAUAUUUAGUUAGAUAGUUCAACAAUUGAUUGGGGCCGAAACUGCAAGCCUUCUUUCGUCACUGAAGGAAGAUGUAUUGCAAAACUAACUAACAGGCUCGGUUUUCUAUAUUCUUCACGGUUAAGAUUAUAAGAAAACCUAGACUGCACUCGUUAGGUACACAAAAACCUAGAUGUGUUCUGAAUUUGACUAUAUUACUAAACUAAGAAUGUGAUAACAACAUCUUAACAGUGCCUUACAAACGUUAUUUAUUGUAUUUUAUAUUAAAAUUUAAAUAAAAGUUAAACUAUUUCUACACUUUUGUACGCUCGGAAUUUUGAUGUAUUAACUUUAAAUCAAUUUAUAUUACUUAUUAUGUAAUUAUAGCAAUGUGUUUUGUCGACUUACACCGUCCUUUCAUACUUAUUCAUAUCGAGAUUAUUGAUAGCUGUUAAGUUUUAUUUUUAAUUGGGACUUAUAAUUGCGUUGGCAACUAUUAUAUAUUUACAUUUAUAGUGCUAUAGUGUUAGACAUGUGAGCGAUAUGUAAGGUUAACGUUGCUGAAUAGUAGCUUACAAUGAAAGUGUACCGGGAACCCGACUAGUUGCCUCAAGAAGAAUGCGAUUUUAGUAGAAAAUGUGAUUAUAGUGCUUCUGAAAUAAGUUCAGUUAAUUUUACAAUCACUUCAUGUGGUGCAUUUGUCAUUUAUGAAGCUAGUAAAUGUGGCAGUACGUGCAAUAUGAACGAAUUGAUAUAUUUGACGUAUAUUUACUCGUAUAUGAUAAGCACCAGUCGAAUAACAUUUGUGGAAUUCAUCGGCAAUGUAUUUUCUUUUAUCAUGGCUUACCGACCGGGGCCGACUGAUACUAUUUACAAGUGUUUCUUUACUUUUUUCUUUUCUAAGUAUUAUGCCAUUGAUUGACUUAUCUUACCUAAAAUUUUCUCAAAAUUGUGUUUUAGCCCACCUAGUCUUUAGAUGUUUUAUUACUUUUAUGCGUGUGAUGAAUUCAAAUAGCUUGAUUGAUUUAUGUUAAUGAAAUUAUGCCUUUAAUUAUGUAUUAAAUGCUACAUUGAAAACUUUGCCAUAUUAGUAAAAUACUAUUAUUCUUGUAAGACUAAAUGUAAUCUUCAGUUUAAUUUAAUAGUUAUAAGCAUCUGUGUAACUAUUGUAAUUAGAGGUAACGGUGCUGGGUUUUUGAUACAUUUAAUUUUGUAUUCCGUAGAUCCGUUUGUUGUACUUUUGUAUUCGUGUAAUAGUUUAAUAUCCCAUAAGUUGCGAUACUUCACAUAUUGUUCGGUUUAUUAUUCUUUAAAGUGUAAUUCGUUCCAUGCUGUAUGAUAGCUUCCUAAUAUUAUAGUUUGCGGCUUCUCGGAGCGGAAUGAAGCAUUGAAAGAUGAAUACGUUUAGUUGCGCGGCUGCGAAGAAUUUAACGCGUGUGUGGUAGGCGGGGUACCUAAACGUAAGUUUUUUAAAUCACCGGUUGCUCUUAUAACACAUUCAGAAACAUUCCAUAUUGCUUACAGUUUGCCAGUCCCGGCCACUGCUGGUAGUCUGGUCGGUGAUGACGACAGAAUAAUACUCAGAACAAUAUUUUAAAUGUAAAAUAUAUCGUUUAUUUCUAAGUAUAGUCUUAUUUACAAACAUAUCUUUCAGUCUGAUAACAGAUGCAAGUUUUCUCUGUAGUGUAUGUAACAUUACGUGUUUCAAUGUAAUAACAAUGAAGUGUCAAAGGUAAUAUUACAAUAAUUUCAUUGUAAAUAAUUCGAUAUUCUUAUACGAAGUAAAUAAAUAUUUGUUUUAAUA